GUUCCAGUUCAUAUCCGGCUCUAUGCACUAUUACAGGAUACCAAAACCUUAUUGGAAGGACAGAUUACUAAAGCUAAAAGGGGCUGGAUUUAACACCGUUCAAACGUACAUACCGUGGAACCAACAUGAACCGGUGAAAGGACGAAUAGACUUCUCUGGAAGGAAGGAUCUCUUCUCUUACCUUAAACUCUGUUCGGAUCUUGGAAUUCUAGUCUUACUCAGACCAGGUCCGUUCAUUGCGGCAGAGUUCGAGUUCGGCGGUUUCCCAUCCUGGCUACCAACACAGAGUAAAACAAUAAGUUUCAGGACGUCAGAACCAGUUUAUCUGAAGAACGUUCUAACUUGGUUUAGUGAGCUUCUACCCAUGUUAGCACCGUACCUCUACCAACAGGGGGGACCAGUUAUUGGACUACAGGUAGAGAACGAGUACGGUAGUAACCCCGCCUGUGAUAAACCCUACCUCCAGUCCCUGACCCAGCACUUUAGAGCUACUCUAGGAGAUGACAUACUCCUUUACACAGUAGACGGACCAGGUAAAGGAAUGCUGAACUGCGGAACGCUGCCUGAACUUUACAACACUGUUGAUUUCGGAGGAGGAAACAUCAGCUCCCACUUUGAUAUUCAGGCUCAGUAUAACUCAGGAGGACCCCCUGUUAAUAUCGAGUUCUAUCCUGGGUGGCUCUCUCACUGGGGCUCUAAGUUCCCUUCUAAAUCUAGAACUGCCACUGCAAAUAAGCUAGAUGAGAUGUUAGCGUAUGGAGCCAGUAUUAAUAUGUAUAUGUUUCACGGCGGCUCUAAUUUUGGGUACACGAGUGGAGCUAAGGGAAACAAAGACGCUACUAACUUUGUACCACAUACCACCAGUUACGACUAUGACGCUCCGCUCAAUGAAGCUGGAGACACUACUCUUAAAUACUGGGACAUUAGGGCCGUCAACAGUAAGUACGGUCCUGUAUAUGAGGUUCCUAAGAACUCCACGAAGAAGAGUUACGGUAAAGUGGAGAUGGUAUAUUGGGGGAGCAUCCUGAACGAGAGCUUUAUAAAUCAGUGUGGAAGUGAAACGUACAAUGUGCAGCCACUCUCAAUGGAGGAAAACAAACAGACGAAUGGUGUUAUAGUAUACAGCAAGAUGAUAGAAAGUGCUGGGACCCUGACAGUCGGUAAAGUGCGAGACAGAGCUUACUUAUUGCUGGAUAACAAACUGGUUUUUACAAUUAAAGGAAAAGAUUCCAACGUAUCUGUGGGGUUAACACCAGGAAGACUUGACAUUGUAGUUUUAAGCGACGGGCAUAUGAACACAGGUCAUGUUCACAUGCUGGAUCCUCGCAAUUACAUGAAGGGAAUAACAGAACCAGUCCUGUUCGGAACAGAACCUAUGCUAAACUGGGUGGUAACCCUCCUCCCUCUAGACUCUAUGAGCUGUCUCCACAACACCACCCCUCCGCAUAACCAACCCUUCCUCCCCGGCUCUCUCUACAUCGGUCAGAUAGAAACAACAUGCGACACAGCUACAGACACAUUUGUGGACACUACUGGGUGGGGGAAGGGGGUUACCUUCUUCCAGACGCUCAAUCUGGGGAGACACUGGCCUCUUGCAGGACCACAACUCACUCUGUACGCUCCUGGCCCUUUCUGUCGGGGUCAACAGAGCGACUCUAGAAUUACGAUACACAUGGUGGAAUUUGAGCAGGCCUCUGAUCACGUGCUGCUGACUGAUAAGAGUAAUCUUCGAGGACCCGUCGACCCUUCUCAGCUCUAGAGGUUGAUUUCUGAUGUCCGAAGACCUACGAUAAUGUGUGUAAUCAAAAGCUUAAUAAAUAAGUACAGUUUACUGUUAUCCUCGAACAAUACCUUACAAUACCUUACUUACUCAAACUUACUGGGCGGCGCUCAGCCUGUCAUUCCGCCGAAUCUUUAUUCUAUGUUUAUCAUUAUGAACAUUAUAGCCUGGGGUCCCCAAGUAAACAAUAAGGUAAACAAUACCAUAUAAUUCAUAUUCAGUUAAUAAAUAUUAGAUAUAUAUUUUUGUUUUGAUUACAAACACGGUAUUUUAAUUUAAAUUAUUUGGGAAUGUUGAUUUCGUUUUAAUCUUGGUGAUGCAGAUGUAUAAUAAUAAUGGUGAUAUUUGCCAAAAAUUUAAUCAAAAUCAAGUUAUUGAUAAACUUUCGGUGGACAUAAUAUAUUGUGUGAUAUUAUUAACUACCAAUACAAUCACCCACUCAUUAUGCAAUAAACCAUAAACGUUAAAUGUUAAUCAAUAUAUUAUCCAUGUCAACUUGUGAUAUUGUACUUUAAGUUUAAUUUCAA